GGGUGGCGGAUCGCAGGCGUUGCGGUGGCGCGGGAACAGAAGAGGGAAAGGGGAUACGAAUCGCGUAAACAGAGAGUCAACAUGUAAACAGGCCACUCGCGAGACAAACAACGUGGGGGCCGCGGGCUGUUCACCGAACGAGGCAGCCAGGCUCUCGCCUGUUCGUUCGUACGUUCUCUGCCUGGCAUUCGUGUGUGUGCUUCGUUUCCGUCCGUCGAUCCGUCUGUUCUCUCUCUGGCUGGUUGAAUUUAUCGAAUCUCGUGGCCGGCGUCGACGGUGCCGGUGUGCGUUCAACACCGCCAGCUAACAUCCAUCGAUCGACCGUGCGCGGUGUUCACCGUUGAAUAUCGAUAACGCAUCGAACCGAUCGUGUACGAUCGAUGGUACGCCGUUACACGCGGGAUCCAAGGUUAAUCGAGGAGAUUUCGGAGCCGGUACGUUCACCGGUUCAGUGCACGUGUAUUUUCCACGUUUACCUGGGAAGUGUGCGACGACUGUGCGCGAAUGUGACCGGUCGUGGCACCAAUGAGAAACGAGGCUUUAUUAUCGAUGUUACCGAAUACCAAUGACCCUUCGCCGAGUCGGAGCAAAGAGUAAGGCUAUAUAGUAAGCGCAUUCGUGCGCCGGCCCCUCAGUAAGGUGUUGUCGCGGCAUCGACAUUGAAAAUGAUCCGGUACCCUGAUACAAACUCGUACUUCUGUUUACCUGUGUGUCGUCGCGUUACCGCCGCGUGAUCGUCGUUUAUUAUAGUUCAGUGUACUUGGCGUUGUCGUCUGGUGGUCCGUUUGUGACACCUGGCAAGGAACGUCGGAAUGUUGGUGCGUGUUUCCCUCGUUACACAGGCCAGUUAGUUGAUCCGUGAGUUAGUCGGUUAGUUAGUUUAGUUUCGGCCCGAGUCCCGUCGCAGGGUGUAUCGUGUUACCCGGAAAAUCGAUUAGCGUGCUAGCCGCGUGAAAAUCCACCUAGCCGCACACUGACUCGAGAGGAACAUUCCAGCGUGGAUCGUCAACAGGUGUACGCCCUAAUGAUACACCGACCAGACGAUGGAUAUUGCUGUUAACAUCCGUGUACAGUGAAGAGGAGGUGCUUCGCUGCGCUCUCGCGUGAAUCAUUAGUUUCUUGCAGCGGUCCGGCUACCACGUGAGUCAGUGGUGUAUACUUCCCAGGCUUCUGAGACAGAGUGACAUGGCUUGUUAAUGGACACAUCGGUGAGAAUCCGUUCGACAACGGUUCGUGGGGAAAGGAGCAGUUUCAGCCAUCCACGGUUCCUUGGCAGCUGAAUCCGCGCGGCCACGCUCGUCCCAGUGACGAUGGCAUAAUGGAUCAUGACACAGACGGAGACGGCGCGAUCAACUUGUCAACGUCACAGCGACCCUCCGCCGCCACUACCCCGAAUGGUGACACCCCCUCGUACGGCCAAGAUCAACAAGACAACGACCAGGCUACUUCGCUGUUUGCAGCCCUGAAGCAGCAGCAACAACAAGCUCGCGACAGUGUUCCCUCGUCGAGGGAGCGCGAUAAUCGAGAACGAGAUCGAGAUCGACUGUCGGUUCGUAACCGUGAGAACACCAGGAGUAACGAGUUAAGUGGCGGCGUAACAGAACAACAGCAACAACAACAACAGCAGCAGCAGCAGCAACAAGACCUCACGAUCGAGUACCAGAGCAAUGGAAAGCUCAGUCCCGCUGGGCACGCAGUGACAACAGCACCCAUGACCCAGCAAAAGCAACCUAUCAUCACGCAACAAUCGCAACAGCCCAGUUCCGGGGCGCCAGGUCCCCAACCGAGCCCCCAUCAAAGUCCACAAGCCCCACAGAGGGCUUCUCCGCCGAAUCCUUCGCAGGGUCCUCCGCCCGGAGGGCCGCCAGGGGCACCACCCUCUCAGAAUCCCUCGCAGAUGAUGCUCAGCCCGGCUAGCGGCAUUCAUCAGAUGCAACAAUUGUUGCAACAGCACAUACUCAGCCCCACCCAGCUGCAGUCGUUCAUGCAGCAACACACGCUUUACUUGCAGCAACAACAGCAACAACAUCAUCAGGAUACCACGUCGGAGCAUGCGUCGAAUCAGGAACGAUUCGGCUACUUUUCCUCCCUGAAGGACCAUCAACAUCAGUUCGCGGAACUGGGCAGGAAGAAGCUGGAGCGAAUGAUACAGCAACUGCAGGAACAGUUACAGCUGAACGUGAUCCAACAGACGCAUUUGUUGCAAACGGCCGACAAGAAGAAAGCUUCCGCUCCUCUUCAGCAACUGGCGCUUCAGCAGCAACAAUUGAUCCAACAACUUCAGAUCACGCAGAGCCAGUAUCUUCUUCAGCAGGGGCUGGGUCUUCAGGGGCACAAUCCUUCUUCGGGUCUGCAACCGGGUGAUGGUCUACCAAUGUGGAAAUCGGAGACACCGGAUGGUCCUGAAUCCCACCAGAACUCGAACGUUCCAAAAUCUGGGGCUGGACUCAACGGACUUCUGAAUUCGACAGUGUCGAGUCGGCGGUCGGAGAUGAACGGAACUACUCCGCUGGACGAGAAACCGUUGGACGUUUCCUCAAACGACAAGGCACAUCCCCUCUACGGUCAUGGGGUCUGCAAGUGGCCAGGCUGUGAAGUUAUUUGUGAAGACUAUCAAGCAUUCCUUAAACAUUUAAACACGGAACACACGCUGGAUGACCGAUCGACGGCGCAGGCCAGAGUUCAGAUGCAAGUUGUGUCGCAGUUGGAGAUUCAGUUGCAGAAGGAACGGGACCGGUUGACCGCCAUGAUGCAUCAUCUGCACGUGGCGAAACAAAUGGCUUCCCCUGAACCGCCAAAGUCGUCCGAGUCAUCGACGGGCUCUAGUAUACCAAAGUUAAAUCUCUCCACCGCCCUGAUGAGCCAACCACCGCCAAACUUCGGCGUCUCCCAAGUGUCUCCCGUCUCGAUAUCCGCCCUGGUCUCGGCUGUGAGGUCGCCAGCAGGCGGUCAGCUACAACCAUCCAGUGGAGCACCCAUGCCACCCAUUCCUAACAUGUCGAACAUGUCUGGAAUGCCUCCGCUUCCGACCAUGCCGGGCAGCAUGCCCACGAUGCCGACCAUGCCCAGCAUGCCGGGGCCCAUCAGGCGACGUAUCAGCGACAAAUCCGCGUUAUCACUGGCAGGAGGACUGUAUGACGAGGGCACUGUAAGGCGCAGAGUAGCCGUCGAUAGAUCUGGAAUAGAUAUUAACGAAGAAAUUCAACGAAAUAGGGAAUUUUACAAGAACGCCGACGUCAGGCCGCCGUUCACAUAUGCAUCCUUAAUCCGACAGUCCAUCAUCGAGUCGCCGGAGAAGCAGCUGACGCUGAACGAGAUCUACAAUUGGUUCCAGAACACAUUCUGCUACUUCCGGCGCAACGCAGCAACGUGGAAGAACGCGAUCCGCACCAAUCUAUCAUUGCACAAGUGUUUUGUGCGCUAUGAGGACGACUUCGGGUCAUUCUGGAUGGUGGACGACGCCGAGUUCGUAAAGCGGCGGCAUCUGUCCCGCGGCCGCCCCAGGAAAUAUGACCCAACCCCAUCACCCACUCCACCCCACCUCUCCGCACAGGGUGUCCCGUCGAAGAGUCCAACCUUGACCCACAGUCCAACCAUGUACGGUGAUGCGUUAAACGCCAACCUCCAGUAUUUCCAGCCGGCGCUCGGUGACUCGAAUAUGGGAUUUCUCAGCAACUCCAUGUGCACGUCGACGACAACGAGCCCCGACAAGGAACACGUGUUAGCCCACAACGAUUUAAUGUCGCCGUUGGAUGAACCAGCCGUGCACAUAAAACAGGAGGGCCAAAGUCCGGAGGGUGGUAAACUGACGAGAUUAAUAAAACGGGAGCUACUGGACGCAUCCGCGGAACAAGAGGGCGAGGAAGAUCAAGUGGACGAGAGGGAGUAUCCCGAAAGUCACGGACACGAUUCCGGCCAGGACGAGGACAUGGCUGAAGACCUGUCGAUGGCGCCCGACAUAAUGACCCCGGAGGAUCAGAUCGAGGCGUAGUAUCGUACCUCGAGAAACGAUUAGGUUCGAGCUGUCGCGUUUUAAGUCCGGUCGUGUAAGAAGAACGUGAAGCUGCCUGUUCCUCGAGUCGACGGAGAACCAGGACCAGGAAGCGUAAAGAGGUGAAGAAAUGACGAAGAAGAUGACGAUGAAGGCCCCUAGAACCACCCAGCCCUACGUAAUCCUUCGUAAGACAUCCCCUUCACCCCCCAUCCACUCAUCAUAUCUGAAGCCGUGAGAACGUUCGAAGCGGCUUCAAAAGGUAAAGACAAGAGGAAUAGAAGCGAACAGAAGCGCGGAACUUGAUCCGUGCUUGAUCGAUCGCGACGAAUGAAAAAAGUCGAUUCUCGAUCGUGUCGUCGCGAUCCUUCGAUCCAUAUCCUUACUCAAGCAAUCGCGAACAACGAUGUAUUUUCUGUUCUUCUUCCAUUUCGUUUCGGAACCGCGGUUAUAUCUCUAUUAUACAUGUAUACAUAAGUAUAUACAUAUACAUAUAUCUCUAACACCCUCUCUCACACUCUCUUUCUCUCUUUCUCUUUCGUGUACAUUGCAUUAGCGAGUAAAUGAAGAAGGGAAAGCAAUCGCAUCCGCGUUAGUUCGUCAAGUUUCGACGAACGGCUAAAACCCUUUGAACCACGAGAAGGGAAAAGAGAAUUUUUCGGUCUGAUCUUCGUGGCUCGUUUCUACUUCCGUCAUCGUGGAUACACCCCCGUGUACGCGCCCCUCUUUCGCGUGAAUGCGCGUUCAGCGUGCUAUGCUAAUCGCGACCAUCGUUUCUGGACCAAUUUCGAACAAGGUAAUUAAUAGGUUGAUUGUUCUAUAAUUGCGAUUAUUCGAAGCUUUGCUCUUUCAAUUUUUUCUCCCAAUUCAAUUAUUCGAUAUUAAAUUCCUAGUUUAUCGAUGACCAGAUUUUGGUCCGAGUAUAAUUGUGUAAAUUUGAUUUAUUUUGCGUACGAUCAAAGUCGAAUGAUAGAUGGGAAUCGCGAUUAGGAUAGGACGCAGGACACUCGUCUGAGGAUAAUAGAAGGAUGAAUAGGAAUGGUUGGGGAAUUAAAUUUAAGAUAAAAUUACGAAGCUGCGGCGACGGUGGCGACGGGUACGCGAGGGAACGACUGACCCUUUUAGUCUUAAAUGUAUAUCGUUCGUGGUAAUUAGGAUAUCGUGAGGAUCAAAAUCUCUCGUGAUGUAAAAGGAAAGUGGGUGCUCCUUUCGAAAAGAGCCUCAUUCUCUAAUAUCAGACACUUAAGGUUAAGGAAGCGUUCGCGUACGAGGCACGAGCGCAAUCCCGACGUGCCCGGCCGUUGCUCUCUUGCUAAUUACUGUAUAGUUUAGGAGAAAUUAACUAAGUAAGUAGUUUCGUAACGAUCGACGAUCAUAAACGUCGACGAUCCCUUGGAGGAGGAACGUACACGCGCCGGUAUCCAGACGAUUAUUCAAAAACUACAUGGAAAAGCACGUUCGUGCAAAAUUUCGAACGAAUUUACAGGAGAAAAAUAUGAGAAAACGAUGAAGGAAGUUAGAAACGGGAUAAAGAAACACAAAAAGUGGAUGCCAUGAACGCACUUAUAAAUAAAUUCAAUUACCAUGUAUGCAUAUACAUAUACAUAUAUUAAUACGUAUACGUAUCGGAAAUUAUAAGAAAAUUAGAUAUCGAUCACCCAUUUCCCGUUCACCGUUUCUCCCUCCAAAUUCUAAAACAACCACCGCCCUCCAAUUUUCCGCUCCUAGUCCUGUGUAAUCAAGCUCGGUUCCGAAUUGAAAAUAAAUAAAUAAAUAAAUAAAAAAAAAAAAAA